UCUACAAAGCCUGGCUCUGCUCCCAGUAUUUUGAAGUCACACAGUUUAACUGCAGAAAGACAAUUCCAUGCAAGCAAUAUUGUUUGGAGGUGCAGACCAGGUGUCCGUUCAUAUUGCCCGACAAUGACGAAGUCAUCUAUGGAGGCCUCUCCAGCUUCAUCUGCACAGGCGAAGGUGAAGUUUACCUUUGAAUGCCUAAGAAGAAAUGACUAUUGGCUCUACGAAACCUUCCUAACCAAUGAUGAACCCGAAUGCUGUGACAUCAGGAGCGAGGAGCAAUCCGCACCCCCACCCAAAGGGACCGUGGACAGAAGAGACUCCUGUCCCAGGACGUCGCUCACAGUGUCCUCGGCCACGAGACUGUGCCCCGCCCGGCUGAAGCUGUGUGUACUCGUCCUCAUCCUCCUUCACACAGUGCUCACGGCCUCCGCGGCGCAGAACUCCUCGGGGCUGGGCCUGGGCGGCCUCCCCACGCUCGAGGACAACUCCACCCGGGAGGACUGAGCGCAGGCAGCCCGGGGCGCGCGCGCGUGUGCGCAUGCACCGAGCAGGGCUGGGCAGGUGCACACGCUCCUGCGCGCAGAGCAUUGGCGACCCACCCGGGAUGCGCACCUGCUGCUGCCCGGGAACUGAAACCCACCCGGGUGCUUUACCCUCCGACUUCCCACAAGACCUGUGGGUAACAUUCAACAAGAUGGGCCCGAUUCCCAAGGACACAGCUGCAGCUUUUUACCGACUAAGAGGCUGCACGUGACUCACUUUCUCACACCAUUUUAUACACUGUGUUUUAACGUUUGGAGGGUUUUUUGUUGGUGGUGGUGGUGUUGGUUUUUUGGGUUUUUUUUUUUUAUUUUUUUGG